AUGUCCGGGCUGGACCUGGAGGAGCUGGCCGAAAUAGAGCUGCAGAGAGAUGAGGAGGAGGCCGCCGCCCUUCGUGCCGCGAGAAGGCCCUCGGCGGCACCUUCUGUGGCACCCCCGGCUGGCCCGGACCUCGAGCUGAGCAUGAACCACCCCUUCUAUGACGUGGCCCGACACGGCAUCCUGCAGGUGGCAGGGGAGGACCGCUUCGGAAGGCGAGUCGUCACGUUCUGCUGCUGCCGGAUGCCCCCGUCCCACGAGCUCAACCACAGGCGGCUGCUGGAGUAUUUGAAGUACACGCUGGACCAGUACGUGGAGAGCGAUUACACCAUCAUCUACUUCCACUACGGGCUGAGCAGCCGGAACAAGCCGUCCCUUCGCUGGCUCCAGAGCGCCUACAAGGAGUUUGACAGGAGGUACAAGAAGAACCUGAAGGCCCUGUAUGUCGUGCACCCCACCAACUUCAUCAAAAUCCUGUGGACCAUCCUGAAGCCCCUUGUCAGUCACAAGUUUGGGAAAAAAGUCACCUAUUUCAACUAUCUGAGCGAGCUCCGUGAACACCUCAAAUAUGACCAGCUGAGCAUCCCCCAGGAGGUUCUGCGAUACGACGAGGAGCUUCGGAACCUGCACGCCGGCAGGCUGCCCCCUCCCACCAAGAUACCCCCACCGAGGCCCCCUCUGCCCACCCAGCAAUUUGGCGUCAGUCUGCAAUACCUCAAAGACAAAAAUCAAGGUGAACUCAUCCCCCCCGUGCUGAGGUACACAGUGACGUACCUGAGAGAGAAAGGACUCCACACCGAGGGCCUGUUCCGGAGAUCGGCCAGUGUCCAGACGGUCCGCGAGAUCCAGCGGCUCUACAACCAAGGGAAGCCCGUGAACUUCGAUGACUAUGGGGACAUCCACCUUCCGGCCGUGAUCCUGAAGACCUUCCUGCGGGAGCUGCCCCAGCCGCUGCUGACCUUCGAGGCCUACGAGCAGAUCCUCGAGAUCACCAGUGUGGAGAGCAGCCUGCGGGUGACCUGCUGCCGCCAGAUCCUACAGAACCUUCCAGAACACAACUACGCUGUCCUCAGCUACCUCAUGGGCUUCCUGCAUGAGGUGUCCCAGGAGAGCAUCUCGAACAAGAUGAACAGCUCCAACCUGGCCUGCGUCUUCGGGCUGAAUCUGAUCUGGCCGUCCCAGGGGGCCUCCUCCCUGGGGGCCCUCGUGCCCCUGAACCUGUUCACCGAGCUGCUGAUUGAGCACCACGGGAAGGUCUUCAGCCGCCGCCCGGAAGAGGAAGAGCGCGGGGCCCAGGCCGGCGAGCGGGGCGGUCCCCGCGCCAGAGGCUCCGCCCCCGACGGAGGCGCCGCUGGAGGCAGACCCGCCUCCGGCCUCGCCCGGCCCCCGCUCCCUCCGCGUCCCCUGACCACGGCCGGGAGACUCCUCUAG